AUUUCCGAGAAUAUUAUAUCUUCCACUAUGGUAAACACUUCAAGUCCAACAUCAAAUCCCCUCUCGAGAGAUGUCACUGAGAACCCAUGGAAAAGUCGAGCCGCGCCAAAGUUCUCAUACUUCACACCGGAACAACACGUCCCCUCAGGAGCCGCGAUCUAUCACGCCAAUGAAACAUCCACCAGCAAGCUCUUCCAACCCCUGAAACUACGGGGCUUGACUCUACAGAAUCGAAUUUUCGUCUCGCCUAUGUGUCAAUACUCAGCAGAGGACGGACAUCAUACAGCGUGGCACUUUGCUCAUCUCGGUGGGAUUAUCCAGCGCGGCCCCGGGUUGACCAUCGUGGAAGCGACAGCAGUAACUCCUGAGGGUAGAAUCACACCCGAAGAUUCCGGACUUUGGAAGGACAGCCAGGUUGAACCUCUAAGGAAGAUUGUGGAAUUUGCACAUAGUCAGAACCAACAUAUCGCAAUUCAAUUGGCUCACGCUGGGAGGAAAGCCUCAACUGUUGCCCCAUGGAUUGAUCGCAAAGCUACAGCUACUGCUGAGGUUGGCGGAUGGCCAGACAAAGUCAUCAGUGCCAGUAGCGAUCCAUACGACGAGCACACCUGUCUCCCGCACACAAUGACCCUAGAAGACAUCCAAAGUCUCAAACAAUCCUUCCUCGCCGCCACUCACCGAGCACUCAAAGCCGGUUUUGACGCAAUCGAAAUCCAUGCCGCCCAUGGUUACCUGUUGCACUCCACCCUCUCCGCCGCAACCAACAAUCUGCCCGCUCCCUACUCCGGCUCCCUGGAGAACCGCAUGCGCCUCCUCCUCGAACUUACCUCCCUAAUUCGUGACGCAAUUCCCUCCACCAUGCCCCUUCUUGUCCGAAUCCCAGGCUCGGACUGGAUGCCGCCCAAUACCAACAACUGGGACAUCGACCAGGCGAUACAACUCUCUCUCGCUCUCUCCGAAGCCGGCGUCGAUUUUCUCGACGUCUCGUCCGCAGCGCUGAUGGCUGCCCAGAAAGUCGUUAGUGGGCCAGGAUACCAAGUCCUUUUUGCAGAAGCAAUUAAGAAGGCGCUUGAGGAGGCUGGGAAGGGAGAUAAUACCAAGGUCGGGGCGGUCGGCAUGAUUACGACGGGCAAGCAGGCGGAGAACAUUGUGAAGGAGGGAAAAGCGGAUGCGGUGCUUGUUGCGAGGGCGUUUCAGAAGAAUCCAGGGUUGGUGUGGCAGUGGGCUGGGGAGUUGGGCGUCGAAGUGAGGGUUGCGAAGCAGAUUGGGUGGGGGUUUGGUCAGAGGGGUGAUGGAGGGAUCAGGGGAGGGGAUGCUGCUGCUGCAAGGGGGUGA